AUGAGUUCAGCAGGAUCCGAGACCCUGAUGACCUCGACCCAAGUCUCCGACGAGGAGGCGAACCUCUUCGCCAUGCAGCUGGCGACCGCAGCCGCUCUCCCCAUGGUCCUCAAGGCUGCCAUUGAGCUCGACCUCCUCGAGAUCAUGGCCAAGGUCGGGCCGGGUGCUUACCUUUCCCCGAGCGAAGUCACGUCCCAGCUCCCAACCCGAAACCCUGACGCCCCGGUCAUGCUCGAUCGGAUCUUCCGGCUGCUGACCAGCUACUCCGUGCUCACGUGCACCCUUCGCGACCUCCCCGGCGGCGAGGUCGAGCGGCUCUACAGUUUGGCUCCCGUGUGCAAGUUCUUGGUCAAGAACGCGGACGGGGCCUCCAUUGCCCCGCUCCACUCGUUCCAACAAGACAAAGUCCUCCUGGAAAGCUGGUACUGCCUGAAAGAUGCCAUUCUCGAAGGUGGAACCCCAUUCACCAAGGCGCACCCGAUGACCCUCUUCGAGUAUCAAGGCGCUGACCCGCGAAUCAACAAGAUGUUCAACCGGGCAAUGUCCGAUCACUCCACCAUUACGAUGAAGAAGAUACUGGAAACAUACGAUGGCUUCGAGGGCCUCAAGAUAGUGGUGGAUGUAGGAGGGGGCAGCGGGGCCGUGCUCAGCAUGAUUGUUGCCAAAUACCCUUUAAUUAAAGGCAUCAACUAUGACUUGCCUCACGUGAUUGAAGUUGCUCCGUCCUAUCCCGGUGUCAAGCACGUUGGAGGCGACAUGUUCACCAGCGUUCCAAAGGGAGAUGCCAUUUUCAUGAAGUGGAUUUGCCAUGAUUGGAGCGAUGAACGUUGCGGAAAGUUACUCAAGAACUGCUACGAUGCACUUCCAGUAAACGGGAAGGUGAUCGUUGCGGAGUACAUACUCCCCAUGUACCCAGACCCGAGCCUAGCGACCAAGGGAGUGAUCCACAUGGACUGCGUGAUGUUGGCCCACCUCUCGGGCGCGAAAGAGAGGACGGAGAAGGAGUUCGAGGCUUUGGCCAAAGGGGCGGGAUUCCAGGGCUUCCGAGUCAUGUGUUGCACUUUCAAUACUCACAUCAUGGAGUUCUUGAAGAUGGCUUGAGCUGCUCUUCUUGGUGGUGAUGUUCAUGGUUCCUGGAUUUGGAAGGUCGCAAAUGAUCCCUUCUUGUCGCAGUUGGCUUUCAAUUCGGUGUACCAAGUUCUUCUCCUAAAAGGAAACGUAAAAUGAAGUGACCGUAUGAUGCUUGGGAAUUGGAAAAGGAGAAGUUACAAGAUUUGUUGUGGUAUGUCAAUAAAGUUUUGAGUCUGCAUACUGGUUUUACAAAAUGUGUAACAAAACCGUGUAUACCGAUAAGCCUGAUUGAUGAAAAUUAUGAUAUUCCAUCUUC